AUGCAUUUGCCAUAUCUUUUGGGAAUUUAUGCUUCCGAGGGAUGGUUCAUGAGGCAGAUGGAAGGUAAUAAAAGAUUUGUUACCAAGGACCCAAAGAAGGCACACCUGUUCUACUUACCUUUCAGUUCCCGGAUGCUAGAGGAAACCUUGUAUGUACCGGAUUCGCAUAAUAAUAGGAACCUGAGGAAGUAUCUGAAUGGUUAUGUCGACUUGAUCGCAGCGAAACAUCCUUUCUGGAACAGAACCGGUGGUGCUGAUCAUUUCCUUGUUGCUUGCCAUGAUUGGGCACCAACAGAAACAAGACAGAACAUGGCCAAGUGCAUAAGAGCCCUAUGCAAUUCUGAUGUCAAAGAAGGCUUUGUGAUAGGUAAAGAUGUGUCUCUUCCUGAAACCUAUGUCAGAAAUGCGCAGAAACCCACAAGAGACAUUGGUGGAAGACCAGUUUCAAAAAGGAAAACAUUGGCAUUCUUUGCUGGUGGCAUGCAUGGUUAUGUUAGGCCAAUCCUAUUGCAGCAUUGGGAGAACAAAGACCCUGACAUGAAAAUCUUUGUACAUGAAGAGCAGCAAGUACUGCAUUUGUGCAAAAGGGUAUGA